CUUUCCCCUCUGGGCAGGUUGAGACUCACUCAACACCCCAAACUGACGCCCCAGUUCUCCCAGGCCCUGAGCAGCCUCCCACCCAGCUACGACUCAGCGAUAUUCCGGCCUUUCCUGGCCACAUACGGUACCCACUACGUGAGGCAGGCGGACCUGGGGGGGCGUGUGCAGCAGCUGACGGCUGUCCAGACCUGCCGGGCCGCGCUGGACGGGCUGACAGCCACCGAAAUCAAGGCGCACCUCGACUCACAGUUCUUGCAAGACCUGGGCCUGAGUCGGGCCAGAAAGCAGGGCAGCGAGGGCAGGGGCAGCUCCCAGGCGCUGUACAUGGAGAAGCGCAUGAAGGUGACGGGUGGCCACAGCUACUCCAAGCAGCUCUUCUCCACCAAGCAAGAUGCCAACUCCUUCUCGACCUGGAUGGAGAGCCUCAAAACCAGCCCCGACCUGGUCUCCUACUCUCUGAUGCCCAUCCACACCUUGAUGAGACCAGGCGACCGCAGGCGGGAGGCGCUGAAGCAGGCAGUGAAGGAGUACGUGGCUGAGCGGGGGCACAAGAAGAGUUGCCCUCGUAGCUGCCCACAAGGGAGUCAGGUCGACUCCUUGGACCCCUGCAAAUGCUACUGCACCGGCAACCCCCUCACCAACUCCAUGUGCUGUUCACUUAAGUGGGGCACGGCACGGCUGAAGGUCCAUGUGCUGAAGGGCACAGACCUGUGGGGAGACACCAUGUCCGCCACCGAUGCCUAUGUCAAGGUCUUCUUCCAAGGACAGAUCAUGGAGACGGACCUCAUUCGUGAGAAUAACAACCCCAUAUGGUCACAAGACCUGGACUUCGGGCCGGUGACGCUGCCGGUGAAGCCCGAAUUGAAAAUCGAGGUAUGGGACAAGGACCUAUGGAACGAGGAACACCUGGGUGCCUGCACAACCUACCUUGAGGUCGGCAGGAGCGAGACGCUCACCUGCAGCCUUGAACAUGGCCUUGUGUUGUACUCCUACAUGCUGGAGUGCGGGCCCAACCUGGGGGGCAACAGCUGCCAUGAGUACGUGCCUGUGAGAGGCUAAGGAGCUAAAACCCAGGAGUCCUGGCUCCCAGGCCCCUGCUCUAACCACUAGCCCCCAGUCCCUUUCCCAAGCUUUGCCAAGUCUCCCAAGAGAAUAAAGCGGCGAUGCCUUUCCAAACUCACCCAGCCCAUCUCAGAGAGAGUGCAGGAGUGUGUUUAGACAAAUCCCAUUGUUGUUUUUAGUAGGUCUAGUUUUGCUGCUUCCAACCAGAAGUUGCACAUUGAAACCAUGAAACUAAUAAAUGUGUGUGUACUCUUGAA